GGACUCGUAUUCAACGUGACGUCACGUUAUUUAGGAGUAGCUGUGUUACUAGCAAGUUAAAUAUAGGCUAGUUGUGAAUAGUGGCCGUGUAGACAUCUGUUCUCAAAUGAUUUUAAUUCCUUAGCGUGGUAGUAAUAAAAAACAAAGAAAAUGUCUUUUGCUGGAUUAAAAAAACAAUUCAAUAAAGCUAAUCAGUACAUGAGUGAAAAGAUUGGAGGGGCCAAGGGUACAGAGCUUGAUGAUGAGUUCGUUGAAAUGGAAAGGCGUAUUGAUGUGUUAGGGAAAUUGGUGGAUGAUCUUAUCAACAAAACACAUGAAUUUCUUCAACCAAAUCCAGGUACAGCAUCAAGGGCAAAGAUGUCCACGAGGAAUGCAAUCUCAAAGUUACGGGGACAAGAAAAUAAGAUCCUGUACCCCCAACCAGAGGGUACACUUGGUGACUACAUGAUCAGACAUGGAACAGAUCUGGGGGAUGACUCUAUGUUUGGGGGUUGUCUGAUUGAAGCCGGUGAAUCAUUCAAGCAUUUGGCAGAGAUCAAGUACAACCUAGAGGACAAUGUCAAACAAAAUUUUCUUGAACCUUUGAAUCAACUUCAAAACAAAGAUCUGAAAGAAGUUAAUCACCAUCGCAAAAAGUUGUCUGGCAGAAGACUAGACUUUGACUGUAAAAGGAGAAAAAAAGAAAAAGGAGGAAAACCUAAUGGGCCAGAAGAAGGUACCUCCUUUCAGAAUUCACGUUCCAAUGUGACAGAGGAGGAACUGAGAGUUGCUGAAGACAAGUUUGAAGAAUCAAAAAAUUUAGCAGAGAAUGCAAUGCAUAAUGUCUUAGAAAAUGAGGUAGAAUAUAUAAGCCAGUUACAAGCUUUCAUUGAAGCUGAAGUUGAUUAUCACAGACAGGCCCUAAACACACUGCAAUCACUGCUUGACACACUGGAGCAGAAGCGAAAUGAGGCUGCAAAUAGACCAAAAUCUGAGCACAUACCUAAGCGUGUCAGUUCCUUUAGGCGUAGUGAAUCUCCCAAUUCAUAUGAUGGUCCCAGCGAUGGUAUGGAAACAGGGAAGUCUGGCAGCUAUAAUUUUAACAACAUUCAAGCACCAUCUUACCACCAGUCUGGCUAUGAUCAGUUUGAUGAUCAGGAUCCUUUUGGAUCAUAUGCUGUUCCUGACACCAAGAAAAAGCCAAUGGCAAAGGCAUUGUAUGAUUUUAUCGCAGAAAACGAGGGUGAACUGGGCUUCCAAGAGGGAGACUAUAUUGAUCUUAUUAGUCAGGUUGAUGAAAAUUGGUAUGAGGGCUCUGUGAAUGGGCAAGCUGGAUUCUUCCCCAUCAACUAUGUCGAGGUGAUCAACCCACUCUGAUGAUACCAGCUGACCAUGCAAGCACCUGUGCUGUCUAGUUUUUGUAUUGAUUCCUACUUAUUGCCUUGUCCUUCUUUACAUUCACAAUGGUUUCCUUUUAGUUUCCUUUCCACUGUCUACAAUGAGUGAAUCAUGCAUAUUUAUUAGUUUUCAAUGUAACUUUUAAACUAUUGAAGGGUGCAGUUUUUAUUGUUUUGGUUGGGAAAAACACCUUUGGUUGUUUUUAUUUUAAGUUGGGCAUGCUGUAAAUAGAACAUAGUGGUAAUACAGCUUUGUCAACUAAUUUUCAACACAAAGUUGUGUGCUGACCUAAGAAGCAUUGUUUGUAGUGCAUACAUAGGAAGUAAAAAAUAUAUUGCCUUAAUGAAAACAUUGUUUAUGUUGUUUCUGUCAGGUGACCCUACAUAACUAAGUAUAAAUUAAUAGGAGAGUAUACUGCUGUGUAUUAAGUCUAAUCGAAUACACCUGGUGAUAAAUGGGCAUGGAAGCUACUUGCAUGAGUCUGUUAGAGCAAUGUAGUGAUGUAGAUUUGUUAGGGAGGAGAAAAAUUGACUUUGAUCCGUAACAUAAGUCUUAGAUUUCAUUUCUUUUGUUUUAAAAUCUAAAUGAUUUCUUAAAUGUUAUUUUAAUGUUAGAAUUUUUAAAAUUUGCAAUUUACAUAACUACUGUAUUUUAAAGUAAUUAUUUUACACCAUAUAAAACUGAUGUAAUUUAAUAGCAGUACAAGAACAAAUGUCUUUUAUCUUUGUAUAGUUGAGUGUUGUGGUAGAUGGCAGCGAUACUAGUAUUAUAGUUGUCUUUCUAUUUCAUCCAGCAUUUACUGGUAUCAUAUCUUGGUUAAAAAAUGAUCUAGACUUGAUUGUCUAUUCACUUUCAAAAAAUGGAACUAUAGAAAUGUAGUAAUAUUGUAAUGUUUGUGUGAUAAUUACUGUUUCGAAGAGAAGAUAAUCAUUGACUUGUUAAAUUAAACUGAUGAAAAAAAUUUUUUGUUGAUACAAGAACACACUUUCAAUAUCUUGUCAAUUAUUCCUAUGAUUUGUAUAUUAUUUUUCUGAUUAUAUGUUCAUUUGGUUGUUUUAAAGGAUUUUUUUUUUUAACUGAUUAUCGGUUAAUUUAACUGGUGUAUUUUCAAACAGAAAAAUAAAUGUUUGGGUUGAUUCCCCCACUCUCCUAUUGUCAUUGUUUAAAUAUAGCACAAUUUUUUUUUCUAAUGAUUUGCUCACUAAAUGGACAACUCAAUAUUUCACCUGUGUAACCUCAUUAUUUAUGUUACUUCAAAAAUCAUUGUUAUAAUUCAAUUUGAUCCUGUACAUGAAAUAUAUUUUGUCUCCUAUAAAAAUUAAGCCCUUGACAUGUUCAUAUUAAUAAAUUUAGUUGUAACUUCAUUAUAGUUUUACUUGAAAGCAAAAUUUCUUCUUUAUAAAUAUGACAGAAAAGUGUAAAUUAUUUUACAGAAUGAAGAUACCAUUUGUUUGUCAGGAAUGUCAAGCAUUGAACUGUUUCUAUGGCUCGUACAGUACUAAGUAGAAAGCUUGUUUAAUGUUUAUGUGUACAUACAUAUGGUGUGUGGCUUUGAUUGCAAUAGUUCUCACAUUGAAGUAGAGUCACCAGAAAUGAAUUGCCUAUAAAAUUUCUCAUCUUUGUUAAAAUUAAUUACCAAAAUAUGACUCACCGAAAUAUGACCAUUACUGGAUUCUGAUCCUAUUAACUGAAUUUGGAAAAUAGAUUGAAUUAAGAUUAACUGGAUUAUUAAUUCAAGCCAUUGAGAUGAUAAUCGUCUGUUAAGCAUAUUUUUGUAAAUCUGGUGGUAGAGCUGGAUGAUAGUAUUGUGACACAUAGCAUAGAUUUCUAUUUCAUGUUUUUUCUGACUGUGAUAGGUGUGCUAGACACUUGUUAGUUAAAUGACAUGUACACAUAGUCAUUUAUCAUCCUACAUUGAUUGUAGAAAAAGUAUGUAUUUCUGUUGUUGUAACAAUGUUUACUAGUAAAUAUUACAUUUCACAUGUCUAGAUCAUGUCCCUCUUUCACUUUUGUUUUAAUAAUAAUAAAAUCAUUAUUGAAGGGAUACAUACCAUUUGCUUAUUUGUUAUUGCUAUUAUGAUUUUCCUGUUGGUAGUUGGUUAGCCUUAUGAAAAUGCUUGACUAUUAGAAAAAAUAAUUUUAAGUUUGAUGUACAAUAAAAGUUAAAAAUAUAUUUAUAGGUUUAAUAUUUUAUUAAAAACUAUAAUUUAUUAUGUAGUUGGUCACAACUCUUUUGAAAAUGUUUUAAUUCAGGUUGUUUUCUUACUGCUGGAGUUUCCUUAUAUCAUACACUGAGGCUGUGUGUAUCUCAAGUGUUAAAUAUCAAAGCUGACACAUCGCUAACUUUUUUUAAAAUCUCAAAAUUGUAUUUGCAAAGUAAAUGCACAUAUAUGAUUUAGAUGAGCAAAGUAAACAAACUACUGUAGAUCCUAUGACUAGUUAACUGCUUAUUGAUAACAUUACCAUCUGCUGUGACUCUUUACUCCCAGCGUUGUGGAUAAUAUAUUUUACCAUGUUUUAAAUUUUGCUAAGACAUAGUACUAGAUGUGUAAUUGUUUUAAAUAUUAAUUCUUUUCUCAAACAACAGCAUUGUAAAUCUACAACCAGCAGUUUAUUAAAAUAUUUCUUUCACAUGUUAAAACUGAGUAAGAUUAAAGUUAAGCUUAGCAGGUCUGGCUUUUCAACACAGGAACAAAAAACUGAGACUUUCUUCAUGAAAUCCAUUUUUUUUCAGACAAAAACCUGAGUUUUUUUUUAUGCUGUUAAUAAAAAAAACAAUGAGAUCUUGGGAAUCGUAUUUUAAAAAAAAAACAGUUUAUUUCAACAUGAACAGUAAAGCUACAAUAUAGAUGAGGUACUUUCAUAUCACCAAUGAUAGAUCUCUGAAUAUAUGCUUUGUUGUUAAGUAGAGAUUACCACACUUGGGUUAUUUUAUGUUUUUUUUAAAAAUAACAUCCUGAGAGCUAUAUUUCACACAAAAGGCAGAUUACUCCUAAAACUCAAACAUACCAGCAUAAUUUACAGUUUUUUUUUUAAAUUACUUCCUUAUUUUACAAAUGUGUUUACCUUUAAAGUCAACAUAUUAUUAUGAUUUGAUUAUUGUGUGACUAAAUUUUAGGGGAUGAUGAUAUGUAGCAUGUAAAUAAAUAUAAUUAUUACAAAAUGUU